AUCCUUGUGCAGAAAGGUGCUGGAGGCAGGGACCCUUCCAGCUCUAGUCUGUUUCAAAUAAUAGCAGAAAGAAAUCCUAAAUUCCAGAACCGUUGUAAUACAAACUUGAGCCCUUGUUCCAAGUUGUAGUCCACCAUUGGAAGCCAGUUGAAUCCUUACGGAACUGAAAACAACUUUCAUCCCUCCCUGGCCCCCAAACACACACACACACACACACACACACACACACACACACACACACACGCCAUCACACUCAUGCCCACCAAGCUUUGAUUCCCCACCCUGCUCCAGCUGUGGGAGCUGUUUCCAUUGCUCUGCCUGCGGUCCUGUUAUCUGAAAGGCCGGCACACUGCUUUCCCCUCAACUCCUCUGUGCUAUUUUCUGGACCAGAGUAUUGGAUUUGUUUUGGAGGCCAAGGUUUUAGAACUCUCAGGCGAAAAGAGAUGGUUUGUAAUUAUACCCAUUUAUUAUUUGUUUAUACACAUGCAGUCCCUUUCAUUUCCAAAAUAAAAGCUGACUCAAAAGCCUGAAUAUUUUCUCCCCAAAUCUCUGGGCUGAAAGGGGAUAACGUUAGGGGUUUGUUUGUUUUUUUGUUUUGUUUUGUUUUUUUUUGUUUUUGUAAUUUUUCUCACCGUCUAGGCACAAGUAAGUACUGAUGAACACUCAGCGCCUGCUGAUUAUGUAGUAACUGUCCUAUUCUGGGGGCUAAAGCCAUUUAAAGGAAGAGCCUUUUUGUUUUAAAAAAUAUACUAGUAAUAAUUUGUGUCUUCUCUGGGCACAAAAAGUCGAAAAAACAACAAGGCGAGUCCAGCCUUUUCGCAGACAAUUACAAUUAGGAGCGAGGUUUCCUCUAGGGUUAAUAUUUCUUAAUGAAAAUCUUCAUGAAAAUCUCAGAGGCACCGCGAACUGCCCGAUAUUUGGGACACACCGGGCCGCGGUGGGGGUGGGGAUAACGCGGAGGAAUUUACAGGGAAAGGAAAAUAUUAGGGGGGAGGAGGCUGAGGCGACCAGGACCAGCCACGUCGUCGGAGUUCACUGUGUCGGCCACUUCCCUCUUCCGGCGCGGCGCGGGCGGAUAAAGGGGCACCCAGUUGGUCUCCGCCUGGCGUCUCAGCCUCGCCCCGAGGCAGAGCCUGGCAUUUGAGGGUCCCCGUUAGGGACAGGGAUGUACAGGGUUUGGGGGAGGAUUACUGGAACUGUUGGGGAGAAUGAAGGCAGAAAAGGGGAUGGAAGUGCCCUCGCCGCCAGGGAAGUGGGUUAAUGAGAAACACACUCUUGCAGGCACAGUGUUCACACGUGAAUUUAAUUACCCCGUUUUUAGGAGUCGCUGCUUUCCGUUCGGAUUUGGGGGUGGGUAUUUUCUUCCAACUAACAGAGGCAGAGGCCUUUUAAUUUACCCCUUAAAGACUCUAAGGGGUGAGAAAUACCUUCCUCAAUUUGGCCAAGCUAAAGGAUGGGAUUAAAGUCAAUGCCCCGUGCCCCUCCCCGUUUUAAUUUCUAGCCCUGGACUUGAGCUGCCGUGGCCUGCCUAGCUUUGGGCCUUGUGACUCUGCAGAGUCGUCUGGCCUGGUGGAAACCGAGGGGGGAACCCGGACAGUGGCAAGGAAGGAAGGAAGGAAGGAAGGAAGGAAGGAAGGAAGGAAGGAAGGAAGGAAGGAGCGAACCCUGAAGAAUUCAUACUGGGCCCCCGAGGCCAGCCGCUCUGGUGCGGGCCUCCCAGCUACUGGAGCCGCGCGGUCUCAUUGGAGGCACUACCUUCUCCAAAGCCGAUCUCUCUUUCCACUGAGGCUGCCUCGUGUUUUUUUCGCAGCUCGGGUUUGGGGAGUGCGACAAAGCCUGAAGAGCUCAGCGUGAGGGCCUUCGAGGUCGGGACACAGUGUUGGGUCGCCUGCUGCGUCUGUCUGGGGAUCCUGAUUCCCGGCUGGCAACAAGCAGGGAGCGGGGGCGCGGGGUUGGGAGCGAACCCCGCGGCACAACCAGGCCCUGCAACCCUUGGCCUCGGGGACAGCUGGCCGCUCCUCGGUGGGGCGCUCGCUGGAGGCGCAGCGGCAAAUUUGGGAGCUGCCCGAGCGCCCUGAGAUCCAAUCGGGCAGAUUUCAGGGCCCCACAAUAGGCGGUGCCCCACUCAGAGGCCUGUCCCUGCACAGCGCGCUCGGCCAGGGGCGGCGGUGGCUCGAUUGGGACGGAUACUGCGUUGAAUUUGACUUUUCGCGGCCGGCCCGGGGUAAACUCGCAUCUCCGGGGACUGCAGGAAUUAUUUACAGGGAGCUCGCCAACCAAACACAACAGUCUAAUUUAACCUUUCCAAGUCCUCGUAAAUUUUUACAGCUGGGAGCCACGGCGAAGCAAACGAAUCUGUUGGUCGUUCCCAACUUCCCACCAGCCUGUGUGGCUUCUGAAACAAUAACUCCUUAUGAAAUAUCAUAAAUAUAGAUUUAAAUACAGUAGAGCGAGAAUGCGAUUUGGCUGCUUUUUUAUGGCUUCAAUUAUUGUCUAAUUUUAUGUGAGGGGCUCCACUGGCCGCACUCGCACGCGGGACCCGCGCCUUGCUGAUGGCGUGAUUAAUUGUGAUAUAAAAUAGUCCGCUUAAGAAGUGUGUGUCUGGUGGUGGCGGUGGGAGGGGACGAGAGUACAGAGGCAAGGCCAGAUUUGAUCUUUUAAUCUUCGUUGGCCACAAUUAAAACAAACCCGAUCGUGGAGCGCCGCGAUCCCUUUGCAUAAAAACAUAUGGCUUUUGCUAUAAAAAUUAUGACUGCAAAACACCGGGCCAUUAAUAGCGUGCGGAGUGAUUUACGCGUUAUUGUUCUGCCGGGCGGACACGUGACGCGCGCGGCCAAUGGGGGCGCGGGCGCCGGCAACUUAUUAGGUGACUGUACUUCCCCCCCCCCCGCUGGUGCCACCAAGUUGUUACAUGAAAUCUGCAGUUUCAUAAUUUCCGCGGGUCGGGCCGACCGGCCAGGCGCGGGGCACAGCGAUGGCCACCACCGGGGCCCUGGGCAACUACUACGUGGACUCGUUCCUGCUGGGCGCCGACGCUGCGGACGAGCUGGGCGCGGGCCGCUACGCGCCCGGGGCCCUGGGUCAGCCUCCCCGGCAGGCCACCGCUCUGGCGGAGCACCCCGACUUCAGUCCGUGCAGCUUCCAGUCCAAGGCGGCGGUGUUCGGCGCCUCGUGGAACCCGGUGCACGCGGCGGGCGCCAACGCGGUGCCCGCUGCAGUGUAUCACCACCACCACCACCACCCCUACGUGCACCCCCAGGCGCCCGUGGCGGCGGCGGCGCCGGACGGCAGGUACAUGCGCUCCUGGCUGGAGCCCACGCCCGGCGCGCUCUCCUUCGCGGGCUUGCCCUCCAGCCGGCCUUAUGGCAUUAAACCUGAACCACUGUCCGCCAGAAGGGGUGACUGUCCCACGCUUGACACUCACACUUUGUCCCUGACUGACUAUGCUUGUGGUUCUCCUCCAGUUGAUAGAGAAAAACAGCCCAGUGAAGGCGCCUUCUCCGAAAACAAUGCUGAGAAUGAGAGCGGCGGAGACAAGCCCCCCAUCGAUCCCAGCAACCCGGCUGCCAACUGGCUCCACGCGCGCUCCACGCGCAAGAAGCGCUGUCCCUACACGAAACACCAAACGCUGGAACUGGAGAAAGAGUUUCUGUUCAACAUGUACCUCACCAGGGACCGCAGGUACGAGGUGGCCCGACUGCUCAACCUCACCGAGAGGCAGGUCAAGAUCUGGUUCCAGAACCGCAGGAUGAAAAUGAAGAAAAUCAACAAGGACCGAGCAAAAGACGAGUGAUUCGACUGGAGUCCAUUUAGAAAAGAGAGCGCGAGCUAGAGAGAAAGAGAAAGGACUGCCCGUCGUCCCCUUCUCCCACCCCCAUCCCACCCCAGCCUCCACCACCCCGCACAAAGCGGCUCUAAACUCCAGGCCUCAUCUCCCCCUGGCAGACCCGGCUCAGGCUGGUUCCUCAGCCUGCCGCUUUCAAGGAGGAGGUAUUGUAAGCUUUCCAUUUUCUAUAAGAGGAAAAAAAAGGUGUGUGUGUGGGGGGGGAGAGCAUUAGUGCCGAUGGCUGUGUGUGCUAGCUUGUAUAUAUAUUUUUAAAAAUCUACCUGUUCCUGACUUCAAACAAACAAACAAACAACAAAAAAAAAAACUACCUUUUUGUAAUGCACAACUGUUGAUGGCGAGCUGUAUAGUUUUUAGUCUGUGUAGUUAAUUUAAUUUGCUCUUUGUGCGGCAGAGUGAUCUGCCCAGAUACUUGAACACUGUGUUUUAUUGUGGUGAUUAUGUUUUGUGACUCAAACUUCUGUGCUGGGUGACGCACCCGUUGUGAUUGUGAAAGCUAGAAAAUUCAAUUUCAACUCAGGUUGUUGAUGAGGGAGAAAAACAGUUGCAUAGAGUAUAGCUCUCGGUAGUGAAAUAUGUCUUCUGUAUAACUAGGCUGUUAACCUUUGAUUGUAAGCUAGCUGUAAGGAUUUCCCAGUGAAAUAAAAUUUUAAAAGAAAGAAAAAGUGUUCUCCAGGAUGCACAGAUUCAUGGGUUUUCUCCUCUUUUGAAAUGCGGGCAUUUUAGUCUCUACGUACUCUAUAGACCUGUCUUAUCCAUUGUAUAUAUGAUCCACAUAUUAAAGAAAAAUUAAUCAGACAAGCUUGCAUAUUGUUCUUGCACCGGAUGAACAUGGAGGAAAUUCGGAGCUAUACAUAUGUGCAGAAGGUUACUACCUAUGGUUUACAUUUAAUUUUAGUCGGGGGGAAAAUGAAUGCUUAUUGUAAUGGAGUUAAUUUUAUUGAUAAUAAAUUAUACACUAUGAAACCGCCAUUGGGCUACUGUAGAUUUGUAUCCUUGAUGAAUCUGGGGUCUCCGUCGGGCUCAACAUACACUGUAUAUUUUGCAAUAGUUACCUCAAGGCCUACUGACCAAAUUGUUGUGUUGAGAUAUUUAACUUUUUGCCAAAUAAAAUAUAUUGAUUCUUUUCUAUUUA